AACUACUUUGAGAGCUACCUCUCCAUCGCGUCCACCGUGCCCUCCGUGCUGUGCCUUGUGGCGAACUUCCUGCUUGUCAACAGAGUUCCGGUUCAUGUCCGUGUGCUGGCCUCGCUGUCUGUCAUGCUGGCCAUCUUCGUGGUCAUGACCGUGCUGGUGAAGGUGGACACCUCCUCCUGGACCCGCAGCUUCUUUGCUGUCACCAUCGCCUGCAUGGCCAUCCUCAGUGGCACCUCCACCGUCUUCAAUAGCAGCGUCUUCGGCAUGACGGGCUCCUUCCCUAUGAGGAAUUCUCAGGCGCUGAUAUCAG